AUGUACGACACUGUACGAGAAGAAUAUGUGCACAAGGACAUUCCGACCGGUCUCUCCGGGGAUUAUGACAUUGUAAGAAGACGGAACGACACAGAUCAUGCCGAAGAGCACAGGGACUCGCAAACUUUCUCGGACAAGUCAAGUGGACCAGAUCGGAGACUACAAGUCAUGCCAUCAUCCAAUUCAGACUCAGUGCACCUUUGGGCUUCAGUGCUCUGCACCACCGUUGCCGUCGAGAGUUUGGAGCAUUCGGGUCCUCACACUCCUCAAUUUCACCUUGCGUCGAGGCCUGUUGGCUCAAACAAAAUGGCACAUGAUCUGUCCAACCCGGCCAAGAAGGUCAUUGCAAUGAAGCUCGUGAGCAGCGCCGAGAACUCGUCUCUCGACUGGGAUAAACAAUACUCGUACAUUGAGGACAUCGGAGACGGGCGGGGCUACACAGGCGGCCUCAUCGGGUUCACAUCCUGCACCGGGGACAUGCUGGAGCUGGUCGAGCUGUACGUGAAUCGAGAGCCCGGAAACGUUCUGGCCAAAUACUUGCCGGCGCUUCGAGCGGCGGUAGGCUCCGAUACGCACCGGGAUCUGGGCGAUGGCUUCGUCCGCGACUGGAAGAAGGCUGCCAAGAAGAGCCCUGUGUUCAAGAAGUGCCAGGACGACGAGCUCGAUCGAGUCUGCUUCGACCCGGCCGUGAAGAAAGGCCGCAAGGAUGGCCUUCGAGCUCUGGGGCAGUUCAUCUACUACGACGCUCUGGUGAUGCACGGCCCCGGCCGCGACCCCAAGUCCUUCGGUGGCAUUCGCAAAAGUGCUCUGUCAUCUCAGCGUACCCCAAGCCAGGGCGGCGAUGAGCGAGCUUACCUCGAAGCUUUUCUGAAUGCUCGAGUCGUGGCCAUGAAGGCCGAGACUGCUCACAAGGACGUCAGUCGUGUGGAAAAUGCCCAGCGCGUGUUUCUCCGCGAUAACAACUUUGACCUUGCCACUCCCUUGCGGUGGAGCGUGUACGGUGAUCAGUACGCCAUCCCUUGA